AUGUUGGGCAAGGUCAUCCUCGAAGAAGCCUUUGCGCUACCUCGCCUGGAGGAGAAGACCAAGUGGUGGGCGGGGCUCUUUGCAACCGACCCCGAAACGCACGUCAAGGAGAUCCAAGACUUGACCGACAUCAGGCUCAAGUUUGCAGACAAGUACGGCGUCGGGUACACCAUUUUGUCAUACACAGCACCGGGCGUCCAAGACAUUUUUGAUGCCAAGGAAGCACAAGCGCUCGCUGUCGAGAUCAACAACUAUGUAGCGGAGGCGAUAAAGCCAUUUCCCGACAGACUCGGGGCGUUUGCCACACUUUCCAUGCACGAUCCGCAAGAAGCAGCCGAUGAGCUCCGCCGCACCGUGACAAAGUACGGGUUCAAGGGCGCGCUCGUCAACGACACGCAGCGCUCCGGCUCCGACGGCGAGGGCUACAUCUUCUACGACGGACCGGACUGGGACGUGUUUUGGUCGACGCUGGUGGAGCUCGACGUGCCGCUGUACCUGCACCCCCGCAACCCCACCGGCAUCGUGUUUGAGAAGCUCUGGAAGGACCGGCAGUGGCUGAUCGGGCCCCCGCUCUCCUUCGCGACGGGCGUGGCCCUGCACGCGCUCGGCAUGGUGACCAACGGCGUCUUUGACCGCCACCCCAAGGCGCAGGUGAUCCUGGGCCACCUGGGCGAGCACAUCCCCUUCGACAUGUGGCGCAUCAACCACUGGUUCGAGGACCGCAAGAAGCCGCUCGGCCUGAGCUGCAAAAAGACCAUCCGCGAGUACUUCAACGAGAACUUUUGGAUCACCACGUCGGGCCACUUCUCGACCACCACGCUCAACUUUUGCGUCAACGAGGUCAGCGCCGACAGGAUCUUGUUCUCGGUCGACUAUCCGUUUGAGAGGUUCGAGGACGCCUGCGACUGGUUCGACAAUGCCGAGAUGAACACGAGGGAUCGGUUGAAGAUCGGGAGGGAGAACUCAAAGGCCCUGUUCAAGCUGGGCGAGUACAAGGAUUGCAACGCAAAGGUCAUCUAG